AUGUCGAACUCUGAAGGAAUUCAAGAAAAUGUGACUAUGCCAGUCAAUGUGUACUGUUCUCUCGUCCGUUGCGCUCUCCAGAAUUCAACCCUUGGAUUUCAGUCAUCCCUUUUGAACCCUCUGAACGGGCGCACAAACACCAAUUUAGGAUUCAAUACAACAACAAAUUUUGGCAAUAAUACAGAGAAACCCCUUAAAAUCGACGGCUUGAACUCUACAAUAAACUGCUUGAUGAAACUGUCGAACAGUGAGGUGGAAGGGCUAGAUACGCAUACUAUGCCAAUGCCUCCAGAUGCGAAGCGAGGUAACCUCCAGGGCGAUUUAAAGGAUUCUCUGGAUCGUGUAAAGUCUGAGUUAUUUGACCAUUAUUCGUUUUAUUACAAUUUACAAGAAUAUGAUAUUCCGACCAGAUUGGAACUAUUGUCUCUACACUCAGUGCCUAACGGUGAAUCCAUUUUUUAUAAUUAUAUAAUACGACAAUUAGAUAAAUCAAAUUCUAACGUAAUGGAUAUGCUUGAGGGAUUAAAAAAUAAAUUUGAAAGCAUAAAUGAACGAAUUUAUGUACUGGAAGAUGAAUUGAAUAAUGAAGUUUCUGAUCCCAAUGUUAGGGAAUAUCAGUACUCAUCUGCCACAAAGAACGUAUUGGGUCUCGAUGACAUGGAUGACCUGGAAAAUAUGAAAGAACACAUACACAACUUGUAUUCACACCUACACCAUCAGUCCAAGUUGAACCAGAAGAAGAUCCAGGUUUUACAACAAAAGUUAUUGACCUUGACUGCACAUACUAGAUUGAUCAAUCAGAGGCAACCUAAUGACAAAAGGAAUGGUUUAUAA